AUGGAUUAGGAGGUGAAGCGCGGGCCGAGCGGAAGAAAUACUCAUCAAGCGGUCUACUAUAAUGAUCAAGUCAUUAUUGUGGGUGGCGCUGACGAGUUUCAAAAGUACAAAAAUAAUCCAGAUCUCUUGAUAUAUGAAACUAAAAAGAGUCAUUGGAAGAUCAUUAAAAAUAAUGGGAGAUUUUCAUUGGAAAGAUCAGGACAUUCAUGCUUUAUCUACAAUGAUCAACUUUAUGUGUUCGGAGGAAUUUCGAUACAUAAUGGAUGCUAUUUAAAUGACAUAGGAAAACUAGAUUUAAGCAUAUUAAAGAACUAAACUUAAGAUUAAGAUAUGUCUACCCAGUUUGUGGCAUUUAAUCCAAUUGAACUCACUGAUCAAGCUAAAAUAGAGUAGCCUUCAUUAAGGUCAGCCCAUGCCUUUUCUUUGAUAGAGAGAAAAAACACCUUGAAGUAGUCUGUACAGUUUUGGAUCUUUGGUGGAGCAUAAAUGCUUAAUUUCUUCAAUGAUAUGUACUAUUUUGACUUUGACAUGAUGCAUUGGAAUAAGGUAAACUACAAUGCUUAGAGAUCAGUUGCGAUACCAACUCCAAGAGCAGCUCAUACUAUGGUAUAUUAUGAGAGCAAUAGAUCUUUUUACGCUUUUGGCGGUGGUAAUAGCCAUCAAAUGUUCAACGAUCUUUUCAUAUAUGAUAUUGAUAGCAAGUGCUGGCUAAUGCCCUCGAUUGGCGGAGAAUUUCCAUCACCUAGAGCAGGUCAUUCAGCUACUAAGAUUGAUGAAAAGUACUUCUGCAUUUUCGGAGGUGGGGAUCUCAGGACUGUUUUCAAUGAUACCUUUUUAUUCGAUGUUGAGAAUAAUAAUUGGAUUAAAAUCAAGCCAUUCGGCUAGCAGCCAGACAGGAGAUGUGGCCAUACAGCAACUAGAGUCAAUGAUUCAAAGAUUUUGAUAUUUGGAGGUGGUGAUGUAGACGGGGAACUAUUCGCUGAUCUCUACAGUUUAGACAUAAGCCAGAUGGUUUCUGUUUAGAAAAACUUCAACAGAAAGGUAAAUGAAGAGUUUAAAUAGUCAGAUCAAACUGAUAAAUCAUCUAGGUCCUCAAGGAGAAGAGCUAGGAAGAAGCAGAUUCAGAAUAAUCAAAGCAAGCAGAUGACUUAGAAACAUUCAGAGAUAUAGAAAAUUAAACUAUAACUUCAUGAAUAGCAAGAGUAUUUCUCUAAGUAAUUCAAGUUAUUUUCAAAUCUGCUCUAAGACAUGUAAAAUAAGAACGACUACUACUUUAACAAGUAUAAUUAACAACUAAAUGAACUUGAAUAGUAGAUAUCUGAAAAUAAUAACAACAAUAUUAAUAAUAGCAUUCACAGCGGGCUAGACAGAAGUUUUUCAGACUUCUCAGACAGUGAGCCUUCUCUGAUAAAAUCUUCCUCUACCAGUUCUAUAGACCAAUAGCAGCUAUAAUUAUGA